AGCGUCCGCAAGGGCAACAGAUACCGAGAGUCUGGUUACACAGCAAAGUCGCAAGUAUCACAUCAAGCUGAGCAACGUUCCAUAACUUGAAGUUUCUGAUUGCCCACGAUCAAACCCUUCGUUAGCGGCACUGCGAAGCUGGCCCAUCCGAAACACUUGCAGACGUCCAGAAGCCCAUAUUAUCUUUCAGCUGUUGAAGUCUGAACUGGCCUUUGCCACAGCCUCGACAGAUCAAACUAAACGCACUCUGUGGACCAUUCGUAUAUGCGUGGCGGAAUCUCAGCGUGAGCCUUGUUCAGGCUUUGCGUUGAACCUGAUGCCACUAUCUUUGGAUACACGCCGAUCAGGGUCACCCUCAACUUCACCCUAACGCCAGCACCCGUGCUACGGAAGUGUGCGCACGACUAACCAUCAAGAAAACUGGGAAAUGGCGCUACUUCUGAGUCAACGUAGUGCUCUUGAGGGACUUCGACCUGACGUUGCAUUCCAAGCACAGACCGCAAAUUACAUUACGGCGGCUAUCGAAACGGCUUGGCUUUGGGACUUAUUCGUUGGAAUUCCGGAGGAGGUUCGAUUGUUUACCGAGAAACGAUUGACAAUCCCCGAUCUCACCUAUGCUGUAGCACGGAUUAUGACUUUUGGAUUCCUAACGGCUGCAGUUACAUUCUCUGUUGCUCCUGUUGACGAGCAUUGUCAUUCUCUAAUCAAAGCAGCCGGCUGGUUCGGCGCGAUAUCUGCCCCAUGCAAUACUUUGCUUUUCUUCAUACGAAUUCGAGGAAUCUUUCGAGAAUCGCGCAUUGUUGUCGCACUGUUUGGCCUACUUUGGCUGAGCACCUGCGCUUCAGUGCUAGCACCUCUCAGCUUCAAUGGGCUCGAUCUCGAUCUAGUCAAUCAUGUAUGUCUUAUGACCGAUGUCAAGACAUUUGGCGCGGCAGGCUUCUUGACCAUCACCUUCUUCGACACUGCCGUGUUCAUUGCUAUGUCGAUAAAGGUCAUAUCCUUCAGCUUGGCGGAAACCUGGAGAGGGAAACUGAGGUCAUUCCUAAGUGGAAAGAACCUGGGUUACGUGUCGAAAGCACUCUUGCACACUGGCCAGUUGUAUUAUCUAGCAACUGUGGGUCUGAACUUUUUCGUGAUCAUUGUUUUGGUCACGCCCUCCGUUUCAUCCACCUAUCGUGCGACCCUCACCGUACCCAUGGUCGCCUUACAAAAUGCAAUGGCAUGCAGGGUGUUUAGGCUACUAAAGUUCGGUGUCAUUCAAGAUGUACCUUCCUCGUUGCUCUCGUCCCAUGCACCGACUGGUAGCCAAACACUGCAAUUCGCAGCUUCACAAUCAGUGUCUAUGGACCAAGAAUACGCAGCCUCAAUGGAAAGUCAUAGGAAUGCUGAGGAAGAUAUCAUGGUCUCCGCGGCUGGCGUAGUGUAAGAGGAGGUUGAGGAAUCGAAUGUCUAUCCAUAAGCCAAAACAAAGCGGGGUAGUGUUGGACAGUGUUUCAUAUAUCCGUUUCCUGAGAUUCACCUUCGUGGCCACAAGUUGCCCGUCAUUCUGUCAUUUGCAGUUAACU